AUGUGGGCCUGGUUGACCCGUUUCUUCGUCCUUUACUGCAUCUACACGCCGGCCCUCUUCUUCAGCGUGCCCCUCUCGGCAUUCGUCUGGUUCAUUCGCCGCGAGUUCGUCAAGGAGUCCUCCGUCGCCGGCGGUCCAUCGCUCGCCGACGGGCCCCUCGAAGAACCGACGAACAACAACACCACCAAGUCGUACGCCAAGGAGCGGUGCUUGGAGGACCAACAGUUGAAGCAGCGCUCGGCCAACCACGCC